GUAGAUAGAUUCCUUUCAGACAAAUGAUUUUUUCAAGGAUCGGGCGCUCACUUUCGCGCUCUUCUCGCGCCAAAGAUUAUUUGCGCGGUGAUGCGAAAUUGGGAACCCUUCUCGGAGCUACGCGAACGAAUGUGCAUUCAGAAGGAACGGAAUUGGGAUUAGGGUUUUUCAGGGGAUAUGUUGCUCAUGAUAGAGCUCGUGGAAACGGAAUCCUUUCCAGUUUGCCUGAUUUUAAGUGUGUCGCGGCGAACCGUAACAUUCAUUACCGGUUGUUUUUCAGCGAAGGACCUAAGAAGAAGAAUUAUGAGAAGUUCUAUCCCAAUGAGAAGAAGGAAAUUCCAAAGGGGGAGGAUAAAAAGCAUGAGUCUAAAGAAGAGUCAGAGACAUACACAGAUGAGCAUGGAAAUGUUUACAAGUUUCCCUUUAAGCAAAUUUUCAUCUCUUCUUUGGUGAUGACGCUAGUUGUUAAAUUGUUUGAUCGUUGUGAAGCGCAGCAGAUUAACUUUCAGGAGUUUAAAAAGGAGCUUUUGGAGCCAGGUUUAGUAGACCAUAUUGUUGUGUCAAUAAAUAAGUCAAUUGCCAAAAUAUACGUGAGGAAUACUCCUCUUAACCAAACAGACGGUGAAGCUGUCGAAGGAACCCUCCCCGCAAAUGGAACUGGUGGGCAAUAUAAAUUUUAUUUCAAUAUUGGAAGUGUGAAAUCUUUUGAGAAGAAUUUAGAAGCAGCGCAAGAAGCACUAGGCCUUGACCCCCAUGAUUAUGUUCCUGUUACAUAUUCUUUUGAAGUGGAUUGGGAUCAGGAGUUUAUGAGGUAUGCUCCAACAAUGAUUGCUUUGCUUUCGGGAUCCCUCUUGUUCUUGUAUAUGGUGAUAAGGAGAUUUUAAGGUGGACUUGGUGAGUUGGUGUUGGUGGCGACAGUGGUCAUAAGGGUGCUCGUGAAAUACUUAACAUAGGGAAAGCCUAUAUUACUAAAGUUGACAAGAAAGCAAAAACUAAGGUUAAUUGCUUUAUUCUUCAUCUUAUAGAAGAUGGCCAUUUUUCUGAAUCAUUUUUUAACAGCAUGUUUCCAGUUGCUCUCAUUGCCUUGCCAUUUUUGUUAUUUAUUCAAGGGAGAUGUAGUUGUGCAUAACACAGCGCAGAUACAAAUUUCUUUUUUUCUAUUCAUAUAUUUACAGUUCUUCCUUAAAGAUGUUUCUGGUUGUGAUGAGGCAAGGCAAGAAAUUAUGGAGUCCGUCCACUUCCUUGAGAACCCAAAGAAAUAUGAACAACUAGGGGUGUAAAUUCCCAAGGGUGCUCCCCUGGUUGGUCCUCCUGGCACAGGAAAAACCCUUUUAGCAAAAGCAAUAACAGGGGAGUCUGGUGUCCAUUUCUUUCAAUGUCUGGUUCAUAUUUUAUGGAAAUUUUUGUUGGUGUUGGACCAUCUAGGGUAAGAAACUUGUUUCUGGAAGCAAGGCAGUGUGCACCCACUUUAUAUUUAUUGACGAGAUUGAUGCAAUUGAUGAACGCAAAUGAUGAACACAGAUCGGCAAAAGUACAUUAAAUCAGUCAUUGGUGGAGAUGGAUGGUUUUGGAACCACUGCUGGGGUUGUUGUACUUGCAGGAACAAAUAGAUCUGAUAUCUUGGACAAAGUUCUAAACCCAAACAUCUAUUGAAUACUAUAUAUGAAAUAAGAAA